CCGGCUCCCGGCUUGAGGACACCACGCCAAUUCUCUGGCCGGCCGGCCUGCCCGCCUGCCAAGGUAGAUGGAACAAGGAGCUCCCAGCUCACUUAAGCCGGGGUAGGGCUGGUUCUCCUUUGCGAGCCAAAAUCCCAGGCGAUGGUGAAUUAUGAACGUGCCACACCAUGAAGCUCUUGUGGCAGGUAACUGUGCACCACACCUGGAACGCCGUCCUGCUCCCCGGUUACCUCCCGGCGCAAGUGUGGAUUCUGUGCGCAGCCAUCGCUGCUGCCGCCUCGGCAGGGCCCCAGAACUGCCCGUCUGUCUGUUCGUGCAGUAACCAGUUCAGCAAGGUGGUGUGCACGCGCCGGGGCCUCUCGGAGGUCCCCCAGGGCAUCCCCUCCAACACCCGGUACCUCAACCUCAUGGAGAACAACAUUCAGAUGAUCCAGGCCGACACCUUCCGUCAUCUCCACCACCUGGAAGUCCUGCAGCUGGGCAGGAACUCCAUCAGGCAGAUCGAGGUGGGGGCCUUCAACGGCCUGGCCAGUCUCAACACCCUGGAGCUCUUCGACAACUGGCUGACGGUCAUCCCCAGCGGGGCCUUCGAGUACCUCUCCAAGCUGCGGGAGCUCUGGCUCCGCAACAACCCCAUCGAGAGCAUCCCCUCCUACGCCUUCAACCGGGUGCCCUCCCUCAUGCGCCUGGACCUGGGCGAGCUCAAGAAGCUGGAGUAUAUCUCGGAGGGGGCCUUUGAGGGACUGUUCAACCUCAAGUACCUGAACCUGGGCAUGUGCAACAUUAAAGACAUGCCCAACCUCACCCCGCUGGUGGGUCUGGAGGAGCUGGAGAUGUCUGGGAACCACUUCCCCAGGAUCAGGCCGGGCUCCUUCCACGGCCUCAGCUCCCUCAAGAAACUCUGGGUCAUGAAUUCCCAGGUCAGCCUGAUCGAGCGGAACGCUUUCGACGGCUUGGCCUCGCUCGUAGAACUUAACCUGGCCCACAAUAACCUCUCUUCGCUGCCCCACGACCUCUUCACCCCACUGAGGUACCUGGUGGAACUGCAUCUGCACCACAACCCUUGGAGCUGCGACUGCGACAUCCUGUGGCUGGCCUGGUGGCUUCGGGAGUACAUCCCCACCAACUCCACCUGCUGCGGCCGCUGCCACGCUCCCCUGCACAUGCGUGGCCGCUACCUGGUGGAGGUGGACCAGGCGGCCUUCCAGUGCUCCGCCCCCUUCAUCAUGGACGCGCCCCGGGACCUCAACAUCUCCGAGGGCCGCAUGGCCGAGCUCAAGUGUCGGACUCCCCCCAUGUCGUCGGUGAAGUGGCUGCUGCCCAACGGGACUGUGCUCAGCCACGCCUCCCGCCACCCGCGCAUCUCCGUCCUCCACGACGGCACCUUGAACUUCUCCCACGUGCUGCUCUCGGACACGGGCUUGUAUACGUGCAUGGUGACCAACGUGGCGGGCAACUCCAACGCCUCGGCCUACCUCAACGUGAGCACGGCCGAGCUCAACACGUCCAACUACAGCUUCUUCACGACGGUCACGGUGGAGACCACGGAGAUCUCGCCCGAGGACACCACGCGCAAGUACAAGCCGGUACCUACCACGUCCACGGGGUACCAGCCGGCAUACACCACCUCCACCACGGUGCUCAUCCAGACCACCCGGGUGCCCAAGCAGGUGGUGGUCCCCGCCACCGACACCAACGACAAGAUGCAGACCAGCCUGGAUGAAGUCAUGAAGACCACCAAGAUCAUCAUCGGCUGUUUUGUGGCCGUCACUCUGCUUGCUGCCGCCAUGCUCAUUGUGUUCUACAAACUUCGGAAGCGGCAUCAGCAGCGGAGCACGGUCACGGCCGCCCGGACCGUGGAGAUCAUCCAGGUGGACGAAGACAUCCCCGCGGCAUCCGCAGCGGCGAGCGCAGCCCCGGCCGCUGGAUCAGGUGAGGGGGCAGUAGUGCUGCCCACCAUUCAUGACCAUAUUAACUACAACACCUACAAACCAGCACAUGGGGCCCACUGGACAGAAAACAGCCUGGGGAACUCGCUGCACCCCACAGUCACCACUAUCUCUGAACCUUACAUAAUUCAGACCCAUACCAAGGACAAGGUACAGGAAACGCAAAUUUGACUCCCCCAGUUCCCUCCAAAACUUAAAAAAAUGCAAUAGAAUGCACACACACAGACACACUGAGACAGCAACUUUUGUACAGAGUGGGGAGAGACUUUUUCUUGUAUAUGCUUAUAUAUUAAAUCUAUGGGCUGGUAAAAGAAACAGAUUAUAUUAAAAUUUAAAAACAAAAAAUCAAAACAAAA